CUCCUGGGAAAUCCCUGAGGGGAUGGUGAGGGACACAUGGUUGUCUGGUUUUAUUUAAACUUUCCAUGGAGAAACAGAGGCACAGUUGGUGUGGGACACCUCUUCCCCUAGGAUCCUCCCCCUCACGCCCCUGCACACUGGCCACCAGACUCUUGUGUGCUGUGGCCAGGUUCAGGCUCCCAUCCCCCUCUCAGGGGUCUCCAGCAGGCCCUGUGGCUCCAUGCCCGGGUGGGGCGGGCUGCGCGCCACUGGGGCUCUGGCCAGCACCUGGCGGAGGCGGAGGGUGGAUAAAUAUAGAGGGGGAAGAGGGAGGGAGAGAAGCAGAGGACUGCGAUUAGGGGAGUUAGUCUAAAAGGGUGGUCUGUACCUGCCCCCGUGGUAGUGGGGCUGAGAGCCCAGACACAGACUCUCCAGAAAAUAGGUGAAUGCUCACCUAGGGAAGGCUCAGGACCCCAACAUCCUCAAGCUGCCAACUUAGGCAGGGUGGGCUCUGUCAACCAGGCCAUUGCCUCCCUCAUGCUCCACCUCCACCCCCUCCUUAGAGCAUGGGGACAGGUGUCCCUAGUCCUCCUCCCCCACCUUCCUCUCCCAGCUCUAGCAGUCUGGGUGCAAUAUGAGGAUGGCAUGACUCCUGCCUGGCUGGCCUCUUGGUCAGGUUUAUGGCCUCUCUCAGACCCCAGUCUACAGUUGACCGUUGUGGGUGCGGGGUGGAGAAGGGUAGUGGGGGAAGGGCAAAACUUGAAUUACACCUGUUUCCUGAGUGUGUGCCAUUCCACAGUCUGGCCUGCCCUUUCUGAGCCCCAGCAAAGAGGCAGGGGGUCUGUUCACCCUUGAGUCUCAGAGGUGUCUGUGGGAGAACCUAAGAAGCUCUUGGAGAAGUCCCAUACCGAAAGGAUUCCUUUUCCCUUCAUUCACCUCUGUGGCCACCACCUGGGCUCCCCUGGCCAAGGAGGCAGAGUGGGUGAAGGGAAAAUGAAGAGGAAGGGGUGACUUCGAUGGAGCCUGCCAGAGUCAGAAGGGACUUCAUUCACCUCUCUGGCUUCAAAGACCGGGAAACUAAGGCUCAGAGAAGGGAGGAGACUUGCCUAAGUUUCCACAGUGAGUUAGUGGGUCCCCUGGACAUAACAUUGUCUCAGCCUGGGAGGAGUGGUCCCAUCUCAGACAGGCUGCAGAGCUGGGAGGAAACCUGGAGCCUCAUCCCCGAGAAGGGGCUGCCUGAGGACGACCCGGACGUCGUUGUGAAAGGCUGGCUAUACCGUGAGCCCCGUGGAGUGGGUGCGCGACCCUGGCUGCCCCCACGCCGGGCCUGGUUCGUGCUCACGAGGGACUCCCUGGACCAGUUCAGCAGCAGUGGGAAGGGAGCGCGGCGUCUCGGGAGCCUGGUGCUUACCAGCCUAUGCUCUGUAACCGGCCCAGAGCGCAGGCCCAAGGAGACCGGUCUGUGGUCAGUGACUGUGUCUGGCCGGAAGCAUAGCGUCCGCCUCUGCACCCCGCGCCAGGCAGAGGCAGAACGCUGGGGGGUGGCACUGAGGGAAGUGAUCGCCUCUAAGGCUCCACUGGAGACUCCCACCCAGCUACUGCUCAGGGACAUACAGGAGAGUUGUGGGGACCCAGAGGCUGUGGCCCUCAUUUACCGGCGGAAUCCGAUUCUGAGGCACACCACUGGAGCCUUGUACGCCCCGCUCCUGCCCCUGCCCUAUGGAGUCAGUGCCCCAGGUCCAGGCUAUGCACCCUUGCGAGAGGAGGCAGUGAGGCUGUUUCUGGCGCUGCAGGCGCUGGAGGGGGUGCGGCGCCCCUGGCCCUUGAUGCAGGGUGUGCUCCAAACCUGCCGGGACCUGCCUGCACUCCAGGACGAACUCUUCCUGCAGCUGGCUAAGCAGACCUCGGGCCCCGCAGGGCCUCCAGGGCUCCUAGCUACUCAAGACCCUGCUGCUCUGCGGUAUUGGCAGCUCCUCACCUGCAUGAGCUGCACCUUCCGGCCUGGGGGAGCCGUCCGGGGGCAUCUCCUGGGGCAUUUGGAGAGGACCGAGCAAGCACUUCCAGACUCGGAACUGGCGGAAUAUGCGCGCUUCAUCCGCAAAGCGCUGGGCCGGACGCGCGGCCGAGAUCUGGUGCCUUCGCUGGCAGAGAUUUCCGCGCUCAGCCGACGACAGGAGCUGUUGUGCACCGUGCACUGUCCUGGGGCUGGUGCUUGCCCUGUGGCCAUCGACUCACACACCACAGUGGGGGAGGUGGCUCGAGAACUGGUGGGACGGCUGGGCUUGGCCCGGAGCCGCAACACUUUCGCACUGUACGAGCAGCGAGGGGUCCAAGAGAGAGCCCUGGCUGGGGGUACCCUCGUGGCUGACGUGCUCACCAGGUUUGAGAAUUUGGCUGUGCAAGAAGCUGGGCUAGAGGACUCUCCAGACUCCGGGUGGAGACUGUGUCUGCGUCUUCACGGACCUCUGCACCCUGAGGGACUGUCUCCAGACGGUCACGAAUUGCCUUUCCUCUUCGAGCAGGCUCACGCUUUGCUGCUUCGGGGCCGACCGCCUCCGCCCGACGACACGCUGCGCGCCCUGGCGGCGCUGCGGCUGCAGAGCCUGCACCGGGACUUCUCCCCGCGAGUGCCGCUGCCCAGCCUGGACCGCCUGCUGCCGCCCCCGGCCCCGCCGCGAGAAGACGCGCCCCGCCCGGCCCCCAGGCCGCACCCCUCCGCUGCCCUGCUGGCCGGGGCACUCUGGAGCCCGGGCCUGGCCAAGAGGCGGGCGGAGUCGGGCCGGCGCGGCAGGACCGGCCGCACCGCGGGAAGCACGGCCCGCGAGGGAGGAGGCGGCGCCGGCACGGCGGCUGCUGUGCUGGGCGGCUGGAAACGGCUACGGGGCAUGGGCCGAGCUGAGGCCAUGGCUGCCUACCUGGCCCUGGCAGCGCAGUGUCCGGGGUUCGGCGCUGCUCGGUAUGACGUUCUGGAGCUGAGCACGGAGCCUGGUGGGGGUACUCCUCAGAAACUAUGCCUGGGCCUGGGAGCCAAGGCCAUGUCCCUCUCCCGGCCUGGUGAGACAGAGCCCAUCCACAGUGUCAGCUAUGGCCAUGUGGCCGCCUGCCAGCUAAUGGACCCUCACACCCUGGCACUGAGGGUAGGAGAGAGUCAACUCCUCCUGCGGAGUCCCCAGGUGGAAGAGAUCAUGCAGCUGGUGAAUGCCUACUUAGCCAACCCCUCCCCUGAGAGGCCCUGCAGCAGCCCUUCUCCUCCAUGCCAAGACCUGCCAGACAUCUCCCCUCCCAGCCAGCACCCGGGCCUGGAUGAGACUCAGGGACAGUCUGGCUGCUUGGGGCAGCUGCAGGACUGAGCCUGCCAAGAGGUCACAACUUCCCUCUUGCCUCUAGCCUGGGCCAGGACCGCUCUGAGAUUUGAGAGAAACAUGGACCCUUUUGGCCCUGCAGGGACAGGGCACACCCCACACUCAAUGGCUGUAGUAGGUGUGGACAAUUUUCUAGUUUGUUUCUUAAUUUAUUUGUAGAAGAGAAGCAAAACAAACAAAAAAUCCUUAUUUACAC